CAGGUCCCCGCGGAGCGGAAUCGAGUCGAGCACGACGACAGCUCCUUCGGCUGCUCCAGUUGAACCUGCGGCGACAAGAACAAGCGGUUCCUGUGCCGGGACGUUCGAUCUCCUGUGGACCUUUGUGGAACAAGAUCUUCGGGAGUGGUAUGCGGGCCGUCGGGACCGGCAGGCGCUGAGUGCGGGACGGAGGCGACGAGGUGUGCGUGUGUUGACUGCGCGGGUGGAACGGCGCGGACGAUGACGUCUGGGCGCACGUGGUGCGUCGUGGUGCUGCGGCUGCUGGUGGUGCUGGCGCGCGGCGGCGGACCGGUGUGCUCGUCCCGGAUUGAACUCAAGGAGAACGGCUACACCGGGAUUGUGGUCGCCCUGUCGGCGAGGCUCCAGGGCAACGUCGCGGGGAGGCAGCUCAUCCCGCCGCUUGAGGCGCUGCUCCGCAACGCAUCCAUCAGCCUGUUCCAGUCGAGCCGCAACCGGGCCUAUCUGGAGGAGGUGAUCGUGCUCGUGCCCAAGUCCUGGGGACCCAAGGAGACCUGGGCCCGGGCCCCGACACCGUCCGUGUCGCGCACGGGCUGGCAGCUGCACCGCGACGCCGACGUGCGGCUCGAGCCCCAGGGGAGCCCCUUCGGCGACAACCCGUUCACGGUGCAGCACGCGGGCUGCGGCCUGCAGGCCAAAAGGCUGGUGCUCAGCGCGGGCUUCCUGCGCCUCGUGGACGAGGGAGGCCCCAAGGCGGCCAUGUACGGACCCCCCGAGCGCGUGUUCGUCCGCGAGUGGGCCCACCUACGCUACGGCGUGUUCAACGAGGCCGGCUACCCGGGGGACCCCCUGUACCCGGCCUACACGGCGCGCACAGGCAGCUCGGACCCCACUGACGUCGUGCUCACCAGCUGCACCGACACGCCGCUCGAUCUCGACUGGAAGUGA